UGAAAAAUUUCUUUGGACGCAACCGAAAUUCGCGCUGUCUUCGAACUGCUCUUUAGUCUGCUAAAUGUAAACACAUGUUUACUCUUUUCGUUUAAAAUGGCAAAGUGUGAUGUGUCUUCUCUUGAAAGCAAGUCCAUUGUACUCGCUGAAGUGACUGAAUUCGGUGUUUCACUCAAAGUCAAUAGAGAUUCACUAUCUCCAAAGCGAAAUGAGGGAUAUUAUUGUCAAGAAAUGGAUGUCAAUAGAGCAUUAGUAACAACAGCGCUCAGUGUUUUCUGCGAAACAGGACAUUCAGUAUUCAAACCAGUAAGAUGUAUCGAUGUUAUUGGGUCCACUGGAGUUGCUGGUCUUCUCUGGAAAAAAUAUCUUGCUAGUGAUGUACAUGUCCAUAUCAACGAUCCUCAUGAAAAUUCGCAUCAAAUCAUAUUAGACAACAGGCAAAGAAACGGCUUAGAAACUGAUAUACAUAGAAAAGAUCCAUGUGUGCUUCUCCAUGAAAUGCCAUUUAGCUUCAUCUACCUCGAUUGUCACACCGAUGCCUCUUUUUAUCUUGAUUCAUUAAUGAGAAAUAUUCCUAAACAAGGAAUUAUUGCCAUAAACACAAAGGACGAUGGUGCUCUGUAUGGCAGAACACCAGACAUGGCACUUCGGAAUUAUGGAGGCACUAUUACAAAAACAUUCUAUUCCAAAGAGUUGGCUGCUAGGUUGAUUGUAGCAGGGAUGGUAAGGUCCGCUGCUGUCCACAGUAAAGGUCUUGAAGUUCUCUGUGUGCUAUCAGUAAAAUCAACAAUCACCAUACUUGUUAAGAUUCUGAAAGGGCCUGCUCAGGCUAAUUCAUGUAUGGCAAAGAUCAAACCACUUGUGCAUUGCAACAUGUGUGAGGACCGCGGAUUUUACCCGUCUUCUGUGUACCCAGUUGAAAAUCCAGGAAGCCUGUUGUCAUGUAAGUGCUUAGAAAAUACCCCAGGGAAAGUUUUAGUAAAUGUUGGACCAGUUUGGUCUGGGAGUCUCUUUAAUGCCAACUUUGUGAGGACUAUGAUUUCUCAUAUGAAUAAAUAUCCAUGGGAGAAAAGCAUGAAAGAAGUCAUGGAAACACUUCUCUAUGAAGCUUGGUGUCCUAAUUUAGAGGGAGAAAAGUUACUUAAGAAGGUAAACGAUAAAAUCAAAAAUAAUACUCUUCAUCAACCUCUCAGUGAAAAUCAGGAGCCUCCAGUGAAGAAGAAAAAGGAAGAUACACAAAACAUCAAAGAGAUAGCUGCAUCUCAACCUGAACCACCCUUCUAUUUUAAUCUACAUAAGCACUGUCCAAAAGGACCCAAAAUGGUUAAAGUGGGAAAGGUAGUAUCAAAUCUUCAAAAGGCUGGUUUCCGGGCAAGCAGGACUCAUUUUGAUCCUCUUGCAGUCAAGACUACUGCUAGUCUGUCAGAGCUGAUGGGAAUUCUUUCGCAUUCAAUGGAUUAGUAAUAAAAACAACUUGUCACUGUGAAAGUAA